UCUCCCGUGGAAUUGGACUCUUUUCUUGCUUUGUUGAUUGCCGAGUUCGCUGACCUACAAAAUACGCCGUCUCAUAGCCGCGAUGACUUCAGACUCGCCGCAAAACGGCCAGCGGCCGAAAUAUGCAAGAAUCCACUCGCAGCCCGAGAAUCCAUUCGCGGCGCUCAUCCCAGACCAGCAGAUAGCCGUCAUCCCGUCCUUCACGCUUGAGUCGGGCGUGACGCUCUACGACGUCCCCGUGGCAUACACCACGCGGGGCACGCUCUCCCCCGAUGGCGACAAUGUCAUGGUGAUCUGCCACGCGCUCACCGGCAGCGCCGACGUGGCCGACUGGUGGGGCCCGCUACUCGGCGGACCGGGGCGGGCCUUCGACACGUCACGCUUCUUCAUCGUGUGCAUGAACAGCCUGGGCAGUCCGUACGGCACGGCCAGCCCCGUCACCGCCAAGGACGGAGACAUGUCCAAGGGCCGGUACGGGCCCGAGUUCCCUCUGACGACCAUCCGGGACGAUGUGCGGCUGCACAAGAUGCUGCUCGACGAGCUCGGCGUCAAGCAGGUUGCCGCCGUGAUCGGGGGGUCGCUCGGCGGCAUGUUUGUCCUGGAGUGGGCGUACCUCGGCAAGGACUAUGUGCGGUGCAUCGUGCCCAUCGCCACGUCGAGCCGGCACAGCGCCUGGGGCAUCAGCUGGGGCGAGGCUCAGCGGCAGUCCAUCUACGCCGACCCCAAGUACGAGGAUGGCUACUACUCCUUCGACGACCCCCCUUCGACGGGCCUUGGCGCAGCACGCAUGGCCGCCCUCCUGACCUACCGGAGCCGGAACUCGUUCGAGGCCCGCUUCGGGCGGAACAUCCCAGACCCCUCGCGCCGCCAGACCAUCCGCGAGCGACCGACGCCCGCCACGCCGUCCGAGGCGCACUUCCACAUCCACAACGACGGGCACAAGUGGAAGCGGAGCCCCUCGCGCCAGGGCAGCCAGGGCGAGCAGACCCCCAACCAGGAGCACGCGGGAGACGCCUCCCCGGAUCCGCAGUUCCACGGACCCAAGAGCGGCAGCGGCGGCGGCGGCAGCCUGACGGGCGGCGAAGUGAUGCCCCCCACGGGGUCGACCUACUUCUCGGCGCAGUCCUACCUGCGCUACCAGGGCGAGAAGUUCGUCAAGCGGUUCGACAGCAACUGCUACAUCGCCAUGACCCGCAAGCUGGACACGCACGACGUCAGCCGGGGCCGCGCGGGCUCCGUGGCCGAGGCGCUGGCCAUGAUCGAGCAGCCGACGCUGGUGCUCGGUAUCGAGAGCGACGGGCUCUUCACCUUUGCCGAGCAGGAGGAGCUGGCGGAGCACAUCGGGAAUGCGCGGCUGGAGCGCAUCGACAGCCCCGAGGGCCACGAUGCCUUCCUGCUGCAGUUCGAGCAGGUCAACCACUACAUCCUCGGGUUUUUGAGGGAGGUGCUCCCGGACAUCAUGAGCAAGGAUGUUGCCGAGGGCGAGGUGGUGGAGAGCUCGGUGGGGCAGCUCACCAAGAGCAGCACGUUUGGGGAGGCCGAGGUGGAGGAUAUUACCGCGUGGUAGUGGGGGGCUUGUCUGGGAUUGCCAUUUUGUCUUUGUCUAAGUCAAUCGAACCCCGUCCGCCGCUCCUCCGUUUGAUGGGUGUGGGUGACCGGUCCUGUACGAUUGACGCUCCCUGCGGCGGGGUCUCCCUCCCCGGGAUUACCGUUCCCAUCGCUCUUCCUUGCAGCGCAAGACAUCGGGAGAAUGGGUGGUGCGGGCCUUUAGCCAGGGCGCCACCGAUGGGGGAGUUCACAGGUGGUGCCUUGGUCCCGUGCAUGUACAAUACCAACACACUAGGGCAGGAAGCAUUGGCGCGGGUGGUAUCGGGCUGGACUCCCACGCCGCAUAGCACGUGCGGAACGUGCUCGCGGGUCACGGCGCGGGCAACCACUCGGCCGGUUUAUAGCCACUUUAUUAACGUGCACAACCAUACUCA